UUGUUAUUUGACACAAACACACACACACAUACAUACCGUGUACACCGUUACCCGCGGAGGGUUGUGCAUAAAUAAUUUGUUAUGUACAUAAUUAAUUGUGUUACAUGAGUGUUUUUAAAGUGUUUAACAUUAUUUACAUUAUUUGGAUUAUUUGGAUUAUUUACAUUAUUUACUAAAUGUGCAUAUAAAGCUUUCUGGAGUGUGUCAAAUGUUGAUAUAUUUGCUUUGAAACUGUUAAAACAAGCCCAUCUAUUUAACUACCUUAUGUUGUAUAAAUCCAAAUGGAUUCGGCAGCAGCUACAAUCGCAAAUGUUCAAGACAGAUUCGCACACAACAAUCAAAUUUCAAUUACCAACAGCUUUAAAAGUGUUGGAGCUUUAAGCACCAAUAAUAUACUAGGUGUACCCGGAUCAGCUUCAGUUCCUAUUCAAUAUGAGAGCUAUCAAGCUGCAGAAGAAGUUCAACAUCAUCAAUCGUAUAACCAAAAUUAUACGUAUUCAUCAGCAGGACAAUCCCAAAGAUUACAACAGCAUCAGUAUAAUGUGUGUGAUCCAUAUAUUGAAAAUAAUUAUCAAUUUGCUGGUGCGGAACUUACUAAACCAAAGUUUUCACAUUUACACGGAGCGGGGCCGGUUGAUAAAUUAGCAACUCAUACCAAAAUGACUUUAGAUAUGCAACAGUACAAUACACCAGCUGAUAUUAAUUCACCUAUUAAUAAUAAUGCAAUCGAUAGUAAUAAUAAUAAUAAUAAUAAUAGUAGUAAUAUAUAUAAUUAUUAUAAUUUCAAUAAUAAACCUCAAGCCCCUACAACAUUUUGUGCGCAAACUUUACCCACUCAAACCGCACCAAUUGGUUAUAUUGAUCCAUACAAUUAUAAAUUACCAACAAAAUUGCCAAAAGAUUGUAAUGAAUAUGGCAGCUACAAUAAUCAUUUACAAAAUGUUGCUAACCUUUCCUAUCAACAUCAAAAAUACUAUGCCGCUGCAAAGUCACGUUUUCAAGAUGUUUCUUACGCUUCUGCUGCACUUAAACCAUUCACAACAAUACCACCUCGACCCCCAAAUUCCUUUUAUAGUGCAAACAAUUGUAAUUCAUAUUUUAAUAAAUAUGAUAAGUAUAUGUAUUCUCCAACGUCAACAAUUCAAAAAGCGCCAUUACCAGGAACUUCCUUCAAUGCAAUACCAUAUUCUUCAACAACACCUCAGCAAACUCCUUAUGUAACCGAUAACUCAGAAGCAUAUCGGAAUUCAAGCUCAUUACAUUGGAAUCUAGAACUUUCAGCCAACAGUUGCCGUUCACUACCAACAACGGGACAAAUUCCAGGAGUAUCAAUGGGAUCUUCAAAUAUUGCUUAUUUGCCUCAAGCAAGUCAAUCUCGCGAACCACUUUUUACGGCCGACAAAUAUGGAAAAUAUGAUAAAUACAGUUCAUAUUAUCAUCAACAAUAUAUGCCCACAACAACAACUCGAAAUGUCUGGCCUGCUACACAUUCCUAUAUACCACCAAUCGCAGACCGUUUUCAACAGCAACAUCAAAUAUUGUCUCAUCCCAAUACGGCAAGGCAUUAUACAACUCACGCAGAAACGACUACACCGGCUAUAGCAGAGGCGCAUCAGAACUGUUACUUGCAGCCAACUUUCUCGCAAGAAAAUUCUUUUUAUCCAUCUGCACGACAUAACGGUCCGUCUAUCCAAGCACAGCAGCAAACAACCCAACAGAAUCAUUUCGAAAGUAAUGAUAAAAACUGCAACAACAACAACAACAACAAUAACAAUACUAAUAAUAAUAAUAAAUAUAACAGUGCUCACGAUUACACUUUGAAUAAUAAAUUGAAGAACUCGAAUGAUAUGUAUGGAAAUGUUUCAAUAGAUGCACAGGUACAUACAAACUAUAACUACCCAACUUCAAACCCAACUUAUUGCUCUAAUAACCCGCAAGCAUUGCACACUAAUACAAAUGUUUCCUUGCCGUUAGAACAUCCAACUGGAUAUUGUAAUGAUCUCAGCAAUUUACAAACGAAGUUUAACACUUAUUCCAAUCAAAUGGAUCAAGUCGAUACAGCCCAAUAUACACAACAAAAUCAAUAUAAAAAAAUGAAUUUAGAAAACCAACAGCAACAACAACAACAACAACAACAUACAUCCGCGCUAUGUUAUAAUGUAAAAGGUAAAGAAUUGGCUCAACAAAGAACAUGCAGUGAAUAUUCCGAUAAAUUACAAUACGAUUAUCAAAAAUCUCCAUCAACCAGCAGUACCAAUUCCAGCAUGCAGCAGUUGUCAGCAGUGUCAAAUUUGGAACAACAUGCUUCCAAUUAUGAUUUGUCGUCUGCAACUGCUGUGGCCAAUCUAAGUCAAUCAAGUCCGUAUAAUCUAAACGCAGAUAUUGAGAAAUCCUUAAACUCCACAAAAAAGCUAAGUUUACGCGAUUUCCUUUCAACUUGGAAUGAUGAUGAGGAGGAUUGCGCCGUUAAUAAUGAGCUAUCAUCAUUUGUUGAUAAUCAGUGUUUGAACCCGGAGACAGAAUCGUUUCUUUAUCAUAAAAACAUGCAAAAUGUAGAUAACAUUAAUCGCUAUUAUAAUAAUGAAGUACAACCGGUAAAACAAAUUCAACCUCAAGACAUGCAAGUACCAUCGCCAAAUCGGACUCCAAGCAUUUGUGCCACAGAACAGAAAAUACAAAUACAGUCGCAUGCGAAGCAAAUUAUUGAAAACCAAUUCAAGAACACACUGAACACACGUUCUAAAAUUCAUGUUGGCAUAACAGUAGAUGGUGCAGUUGAAGUAGAGACUAGUCAAUAUAUAAACUUGCCCGAUAUAAUCAUUGAUAUUGAGAAGCCUAGCAGUGCAGUGACUCCAGUGUCCACGUCAGACAUACAACCAAUAGAAUUGUCUUCAACAAUAGAGAGUAAAAAUAUGGAAAUACCAACAGUAAUGCCAACCGGAAUACCAACUGGAAUGCCAACAGCAAUGCCAGUAGCAAUGCCAACAGGAAUACCAACAGGAAUGCCAACAGCAAUGCCAGUAGCAAUGCCAACAGCAAUGCCAACAGGAAUGCCAACAGGAAUGCCAACACAGAUUGAAGAGAGCUUACCCUUUGAAAAUUUUGAUUUUGAGAAAGAACUUGAUGAAUUACAAAUAAAGAGAACUAAAACGAAGAAUCCACUGAAGGAUGAUACUGAAAUAAAUGGUGGUAAUGAAAAUCUAUUAAACCAAAAAUCAAUCUUUAUGCCAAAUUCUGAAUUUGCUGAACUAGAUAUUAAACAGGAUUUGGAUAGUUAUAAUUUAAAUCCAAACCAACCUACGGAAGAACCAAAUAAUAACAGUAAUAAUAAGUUUGAAAAUGCUUUGUAUAGCAAUGAAAUUCCAAAUGAUGACAUCAAAUUUCCACUCGAGAAUAGUUCUUCGGCACUAUAUACAAUGGGACAGGAAAAUUUGUUUAGCAGCACUGAACAUGCUUUAAGUAAUAUUGAAAUGGAUAACAUAAGCCAAUCGAAUGAAUCGACCUUUGAAAAGGAAUACGAAACCUUUAUAAAUAAAAUAGAAAGCGUUGGAGGAAAUAUUUCCACGAUGGAUAAUAACAAUAAAAAUGUAAAUUUCGUUAAUUAUGAAAAUGGCGGCUCAAAUGUUUUUAAUAAAAGUGAAAACAGUUUAAAAAAUUGUUUAGAUACGAGCAUAUUAAAUACAAAUAAUAAUGCCGCUCCAAGUGUUGAGAACAUAGAAAACAACACUGUAGGUAUAGCAGAGGGAAGAGACUUUAUAGGUCUACAAUACAAAAAUGAAGAAUUCUCAAACAUUUUAGAACCGAAUAGCUUCACAAAUACUAUCCAACAAAGCCAAGCUGAUAGUGAAUUUACUGAUCUAAAUGUGAAAGAAUAUUCAAAAUUCUAUAAACGGCAACGGAAAUUAAUUGAGAGCAUAGAAGAUAAAAGCAACGCUACGACAACAUCUUCUUCUCCGGCACCAGCUACAGACACGGAUAGCAAAUUUUCAGAACUCUCUUCAACAAUUAUGGAAGACAAGAAAGAAACGAAUGAAUCUCAAAAUAUAUUGAAGGAUGAAAAUUAUAAACCAUUCACAUUCGAAUCCAAUACAUUAAAUACAUUAGACGAUAUAUCAUUAGAGUGCAUGGAAAAUGUACGCAAAGUGAAGAAAUCUUUUCCCAUGUUUAAAAGGAAAUAUAAUACAUUAACAGAUAUGAAAACAAAAUACGAAAAAUGCAAAUCACCGUUUUACAAAACAUUGAAGAACCGUCAUCGUUAUCAGUGGAAUAAAAAGAAAAUAAACAGAUCAUUGCUUGUACGACAACACAUUAAUAUGCUGAAAGAGAGACAUUUGCCCUUAAUAAAGCGAAAUUCUGCAAAGAAGUAUUUUCCCGCCGCAAAUGUCGGAUUACGAUUCAAUCCAAAAACGCUCAAGUGUCUCAGCAUAACAAUUUUAAAUACCCCAGCCUUUCGCCAAAGCAUAUUUAAGAAUCUUUCAGGAGUUAAAUAUGUAGAUCCUUUCAAGCAAGAGACAUGUGAGCCUGAGACUGUUGAAGAUGCCGUAGUAAAACAACCUGCAAUCGAUGAAAUAAAGAAUACACGUGAACAAGACACUGAAGUGUUGUUAGAAAAAGAUACUAAAUUGAAUACUAAAGAUAAUGAGCUUAUAGGUAUAAUACCAGAGAAAGAUAGAACUGAUUUCGUAGAUUUAAAUAACGAAUUUGAUAAAUUUGAUAAAUUUGAAAAGAAGUGCUUGGAUGAAGCAAUGCCGCAUAAAGAUGAAAAAGUUGAAUUUGCAAAUAGAGAAAACGGUUGUGUUAAUCUGCUUUUCUCAAAUGUAAAAGUUAAUGGGGAUUUAAAUAGUUUAGAUGUUAAUGCUAUGGAUACGAAUGAAGUUGUCGAUUUGACUGCAACAAAUAAAAAUAAAGAAAAAGAAAAAGACUUGUCAGCAUUGCUUAAUGAUAGUGUUAAAAAUCCAAACACACUGAUGACUUGUUCUUUGAACAGGCACGAUGAUAAUGACAAAGAAUCUCUUAUCAAUACAGAUAUAAAUUCUAAUGAUAAUUAUUGUACUGACAAGGGAGAGGUUAAUGUCAAAGUUAUAACAAAUUCUCAACCGCGUUCAAAUGAUGGUUUAAAAUUUGCGGCUUUUAAAAAUAAAUUUCAACAUGACUUUCCCUUUCAAAAAUGGGAAGGACUUUUGAAGAAAAUUAAAUAUGUAAUAAAAAUAAAGAAGAAAUAUGUGAGGUUUUAUUCUAAUGAUUGGAAAAUUCGUAGAAAAAUCAUAAAGAAUAGAAUAUUUAACUUUGUAUUGAAGCAAAAGUGUGGUAAUAAAAGAAAAGUUAAUAAGAAGAAUAUACAAAAGGAUCUUCGUAAAAAUGCAACCAAACCCGAAAGUACCAAUAUGGACAAUAUGAAAGUAUGUAGUGAACAACACAUAUUCACAAUGAAUACUUCCUCUGAUAUCAUACAGAAUAGCGAAUUUAAAAGGAAGACAAGGAAGUGUGGGAUAUCUAAAAUUAUAAUAAAGCAAGCAAAACAAGCUGUACAAAGAAAAUUGUAUAUUAAGUUAAGAAAGAAAAUUUGUUUAAAAUAUUUGCAAAAACAAUUGGAUAUUAAAAAACAUCAUAUGAAACAUCAAUUGCUAUUGGAAGUUAAAAAAAAACUUCGUUCGAAAAUAGGAAGAAAUAAAAAGCAAAUUCGUCGAAGUAAAUCAACUUCCAUAAUACAGGGUACAACACCUGCAGCAACAACAACAAAAACCAUUUCAAAAAUUCCUUUACAAUCCCCUACACAAAAACUACUUUUCGAAAAGAAAGAAGAAGAUGAUGGAAUUAUGUGUAAAAAUAUUUUACCAAAGUUAAGUGACCUUUGUAAUAUUGCCUUGAAUAGUUCCUUACAGGUUGGCACAACAGCAGAAUUCCAAAAAAAAAAUGAAGUUCCUGAAAACUCCAAUCAAAAACCAAAUAAAAAAGACGAUGGUACUUCAAUAACGAACUCGUGUUACUUAACCGUUGAGGAGGCUUUAGCAGAAAUGUAUAGUCAAGUCGAUGAGGAAACUCCAGAGACAAAAUAUAUAUCCAAAAUCAAUUCCAACGAGAAUAUAAAUGAUAAUCUAAAAUUAAAUGCAAAUACAAAUGUAAAUAAAUGUAACAAUGCAAAUGAUAAUGUGCAGGCAGCUCAAGAUGUACUACUAAUUAACUUAGAAGAGAUACUAAAUAGUAAUAAUGAUGUUUACGUUUUACAAUGUGAUAUGAAUAAGAACGUUUUAAGCGUAAUCGAGAAUGCACAGAAUAAUGAGGCAACUAAUCCUAAUGAUACAGCAGCUAAUGAAACAGAAAAUGUUGAUAGGCAAAAUGUAUUGCAAUUAAUUGAAAUAUUAAGCGGUGAUGACUUAAAUAUUAAUUUAAAUAACGAUAAAGAUAUUAACGAAUAUAAAAAAAACGAUAGUAACAGUAGUAACAACAGUAAUAGUAAUAAAAUAAAAAAAGAUAUUGUUAAUAAUAAUUCAAGACAAUUAACAACAACAGGUAAAAAUGGAACAGUAACUUCAACAUCAUCAACAUCAACAUUUACAUCAUCUUCAACAUCAUCAUCAACAUUAUCAUUAUUAUCAUCAACUUCAUCAUCAUCAAUAACAGCAUCAGAUACAGUUGCAGCUACAAUAUCAUCCUCAUCAAUGACAACAUCAAGAUUGUCAUCAUCAACAUCCACAUCCACAUCCACACCCACAUCCACAUCAGCAUCAACAAAAUCAAUAUCUACUAAUGCAAUGGCACCACUUGAAGAAUUUAAUUAUGACUGUCUGACAUUACCGUUUCUUUUACAUCAUGAAGAGAUUGUACCUGAUAAUUAUAAAAAGUUUAAAUAUGAAAAGUUUUUUAAAUACUUGCAUGAAAAAUAUGUACAAAGAAAUAUACCAAAACAUUAUUAUGCUAAAUGUAUUGUAAAAAAGUAUAGACGGCAGUUCAGUAAGAAAUAUCGCUAAGUUUCAAGUACAAGAAGAUACUAUCCGUACAAGUUUUAUGUAAAGAUAUAGAUAGAUAUGAAUGUGCUGCUAAUGUACUUAUAUGUACAUCAUAGAAGCACAGGCUUUCUUUCUCUAUAUAUAUAUAUUUUUUUUUUGUUUUGUUCGAUUUGUUCUUCUGUAUGAAUUUCUAUGUUGAAAUUAUGUGUUCAAUUUAUAAUAUGUAAUAUAAAAAACUGAAAAAGACAUGGGAAACGUACUUCAAAGACUUAUAUUAACAAAUUUGUUCUAAACCCACUAUACUGUUUGAAUUUGACGGCAUUACACUCAUUUUGGUAAUGUUAAAACUCUAUCAUAGUUUAAUAAUU